CCGCGAGACCAGUGUGAGACAUGUUACUUUCCCGUCGAGACUCACCGGCAACGUAUCAGUGCGGCUUCGGGCUGUGUACUGAGAAGGCUGUGAGGUAGCAAAGGCAGCAGACCGCGACCAAGAUGAAGAGCAUUUUCGUGCUGCUGGCUGUCGUGAUGGCGGCUGGACAGGGCGACGGAGCCCGUAUACUGGGACUGUUCGACUUCCCAGGGAAGAGCCACUUCAUGAUGUUCGAAGAAGUGUUGAAGGCACUGGCUGCCCGCGGUCACGAGGUCAUCGUGUACAGCCACAACCCGCAAGAGAAGCCCAUACCAAACUACAAGGAUGUCAGCUUGGUGGGCUCUUUAAAAGGCCCUCCCGGUGGCGUCACUUCGAAGGAUAAAGAGCUGGGAAUAAAUAACCCCUACGGUACACUAAAACUCCUCGAAGUUAUCACUGUCAGGUCUUGUGAGAAGGUUCUCCAGCAUCCAGCGAUGCAGGCUCUGAUGAAAUCGAACGAGAAAUUCGACCUCAUUUUCACGGAGACUUUCACGACAGACUGUAUGCUGCCGUUUGUGCACAAGUUCCAGGCGCCAAACAUAGCGAUUUCUUCCACCCCGCUUAUGCCGUGGACAGCUGAUCGUUUUGGUAUCCCGGACAAUCCCUCUUACAUACCUGUUCAGUCUGUCUCUGCUCGUGACCACAUGGGAUUCCUUGAGCGCCUUAGCAACACAUGGUAUCUGAAGUACAGCAAGUGGUUCUUCAAGACUUACAUAGACACACCUACUAACCAGGCUGUCAAGAAAUUUUUUGGAGACAGCCUUCCGCCUCUGAGUGAAAUUGCGAAAAAUACGAGUAUGCUCUUCGUCAAUACGAAUCCAGCACUGAACCCGCCCAGACCACUUGUGCCAGCUGUCGUGGAGAUUGGAGGCAUACAUCUGAAGCCUAAACAGAAACUGCCAGAGGACAUUCAAAAGUUCAUGGACGAAGCAGAACACGGAGUAAUAUUCUUCACGUUCGGGUCUGUACUGCAGGCCCGGGAUUUGUCUGAUGAGAAACGAAGUGCAAUACUAGAAGCGUUUGCAGAGCUUCCCCAACGCGUUAUUUGGAAAUGGGAGGCUGAAAAUCUUCCAGGGCAGCCCCCUAACCUGUUAGUACGCAAGUGGCUGCCUCAGUAUGAAAUACUGAGCCAUCCUAAGAUGCGAGUGUUCAUUACGCAUGGUGGAUUGAUGGGAACCACCGAGGCAGUCUACAAUGGUGUGCCAUUGUUGGGAAUACCUUUGUUUGGCGACCAGUUUCAUAAUAUUAAAAUGGCUGUCAGGAGAGGCGUUGCUAUACUUCUACCCUUCCCAGAAAUGACUAAGAACACACUGCUAGAAUCCUUGCGCACUCUGCUUAAUGACUCUGGGUACAGGAAGAGAGCCACGAUGCUGUCAGAGGCGUACAAGGACAGGCCCAUGAGUCCUCGGGAAGCCGCCGUCUACUGGUCGGAAUACGUCAUCAGGCACAAGGGAGCCAGGCACCUGCGCUCUGCCGCCGUCGAUCUGGAGUGGUACCAACUGCUGCUGCUGGACGUCAUUGCGUUCAUCGUCCUCGGCUGCAUUGUAGUCGCCGGUAUAGGCCUGUUGCUCCUGAUAGCUUUCUUAAGGUGCAUAGGCGUGAUCAAAGGCUCAGCAAAAGCUAAAGAAGUGCAGGCUAAAAGCAAGAAGAGCAAGCAACAGUAGUCUGUAUCCAUCCACUCACUUUAAGCGGGCUGGGUCCGUCGAAUUCACUUCCGUGACAGUUGGGUGAGGACGUGUAACUCGGCGUGUGACUCCAGUACUUUGGCUACGAGCAUAAAAAUAUUGCUUGCAGGUGUUCAGCGGCACGACGACUCACGAGCAAUAGGGGUGUAUGAAGUUAGCGACAAAUGUUAAUUUCGUGUGGAUCUCAGUGAAGCCAAGAGAGAGUCAGUGAGAACGCAGCAUUGGCACGUAAUAGAUCUAAAUUUCUUUUUCCGUUAUCUUCAGCUGUAACUCAGUGAAAGUCAUGAUUCUGUGAUGAAAUCGGCAUUCAAUAAAUUGUAGAGGUACCAUUAAAUUACAAAGAUGAUCACAUGUUCGAAACAGAAAUUACUCGGUUCAUUUGUAAAGGAGUUAGGGUACUGGUUUCACCUGCACAAAGGAACAAAUACAACUGAAAUGAGAAACCACAAUAAUUCAAAGUUUGCAUUGGUGUCUCACCUUACGACUUAUGGUUAAUAUCGAUAUCAGACACGGGAUGCAAAUAUGCCGUCGCUAACUACAUCGUCGUCUAUUUAUCAGGAAUAUUUAUAAUUUUGUAUCUCCCAAGAAGAUUAUACCAAUCGUCUAUGAUAACCUGGAACCAGGAUAACUCAGUAAAGUGUCUUUCAUUGUGUGUAAAUAUGGCCCCAAGCAAGGGGUCAUUUUGUUCUAUAGAUUAACAAAGGUGGUAGUAUGUAAUCCGUCCGUUGUCAUUUCUUUCGCUGUAGUAUCAGUAUCUGCCUAGACAAGGUUGUCAAAAGUCUGAAAAGUUUGUAAGGCUGUUGCAGGUGCUGAAAAAUAAUUAAGAAAAUUCGGUACUUUGCGCAGCUUCUGACUUAAUUAGCUUUGAAGUUAACCAAUUAGGCUGUUGUGGAUGCAUAUUCAAGCGACCUGCCAGAGAUGGUGUCGCCGAAAGUGUUUCUCGUUCGGUUUCCUAAAACCGAACAAGAGAGCGAUACAAAAAUUGGAUCGGAUGUGUGCCAAAGGCUGAGCAGUCUCGUGUGUCAUCUGUCAUGAGAGCAACCGACUAAUUUAUCUGGGUGGUUCGCUUGAAAGUGCGCGCGUAAUGUCCCGAUUGGCUAACGUUAAAGCUAAUUAACACGAAAACGUCGCGACGCAUCUAAUUCUUUUCUUAGCAACUACUAAUCAGCACAACCUACCCUACAAGCUUUUCAGCUUUGACCAUCCUGUAUAAUUCCAAACUAUUUGACGGUAGCUGGCACGGCAUGCGUGCUUAUGUACCGGUAGACAACGCUUCAUCAUUAUACACGAUUGUCGAUAAAUUGUAAGAAAAGGUAAUGCACACUUUUCCAUUAACGUCGUGUGCGACUAUUUAUGGAACGAAAGUAGGUAGAGGCCUAGAUGUUAGGCAGGAAAUAUGGACUAAAUCUAUUGAAGAGGCAAAACAUUUAUUUUUCUGGCCUCUUGCUGCAAAUUCAAUUUUCCGUUGAACCACGCAUCACGGUUUCUUCCCACUCCAUUAACGCGUGAAGCGCGUAAUGAAAGAUCGCGUACACUCUCGACGGAAGAGGCGUAUGGUCGACUGAAACAGUCGUAAAUUCGGCGCUGUUAGUCGGUUCUUGUAAUCUUUUUAUGUUCUCGCUAAAUACUCGAAAUCUUUUUUCGACUGGCUGCCUGUAUGGAUUUUAUGGCGUUACUAAGCCAAACCCUAUAGGGACUCCUCGUACUGGAGCUGUGUUCCAGUAUGGAAGCAACUCCCCUAUAAGCAACCUUUGUCGUAGAAAACCUGUAGUUAUCCAGUAUCCUAGCAACAAAUCGAAGGUUAUUUUGUUUUACCUAGAACCAUGACUGCAUAAUCUGUGCUUCUAAUGUUCCCGUGCAUUGUUCUGGACAGGUAUUUGCAUGACACAGCUGGUUCCAUAGGUGCGUAAUAAAUCUUCUAAUUUGGAUAAAAUAAGGGAAAUAAUAGACAGUGCCAAAGUGAAGCUACAGUCUUGGUACUCGUACGAAAAGACGCACAAUAAAAGACUAUCUGUUUCAGACUCUCAGGGUGGCACUUGGUAAAGAUCAUUCAAAUUAUGAGCGCAGUGUACUGUUUAUCAGUCAUCACCACAUUUUUUCAUAAUGGUGUCUUAAUAAUGCUGUGGUAUGUACUCAUUUCUAAAGAUGUCUUUAAUAGUCUCUGUGACAUUGAAGCUUCUGGAAUAGUUCUGUGGAAAGCUAGUUUGAUAAGAACAGCUCCAAAAUACAAAUGCAUUAUUGGGGUGAUCUCAUUACUAAAUGUUGAUUAGUGUUUAUAACUUCAUUUUUUCCAUUGCGUUUGAUUUCAUGCCUCAGUUAUGGCUUUAAUUUAGUAUCUACCUUUUUUCUAUGGAAUUACAUUUUCAUAAUCUCAUUAUUACAUUGUAAGAAAUUAAUGAAAAUAUAAUUUAACCUCA